CUCUCGAGUCUCGUUGAUCAAGAACGAUGACUGAGCUAGUUUAGGUUAGCUAGAGAAGCUAGUAACAAACAGAUAGCAGCAGCCACCUGUUGCUCUUGACUAACUCGUCAGGGAUUAUCUGUAUACCUUUUCUGCCGCUUCGUGUCUCUAUUUUAAUUAAAAUAACAACUUUUGGUCGUAUUCAGUCCAGGUUUUGAGCAUUUGUGCUAUUAAAAGCUACCUGUUCGACUUUUGCCGAGGCUUACCUGAAUGACUCAUAGCUGCUUAGUUAGCUACAACCCUGGCAUUUGUGCUGUUUUCUUUAGGUAAAUGUAGUUUUAUUUUCCUCUAACAACUCUGGCUUUUGAGAAGUCUCUGAGACGCGGUAGCUGUUUAAUGAAGGUUUCAAGUACAAUUUUAAGGAAGCAGCUUACCUUUCUAUAAGACAUUCCAUCACAUUCCUGUAACAUGCCCAUGUUCCUGUUCCAACAAGCUCCUGACUGCUGUUGGGGGACAUCUAUACGCCCAGAAAGACAGGGUGCUGGAAAGUUAGGGCGAAGAUUAAAUUGCUGCGAUUUAUUUUGUUAAGUCUAGAUGGACAUCUCUUUAUCAGGUCAGCUAUUUUAUUUAUUAAAUGCACACAUUUGGGGAUGUCUAGGAAAAGAGAAAUCCUAGUUCUGUUUGGCUGCAUGAAAAAGUUGCAGAUUAAUUGAAAAUGGCGUGUUUGUGAUAGAAUUUAAAUGGGUGAGACCCCUUCCUUAUCUUUGGAUCAAGUGAAGGGAUUUUAUACAUCAGCAAAUACUUUUAGGUUAUUUUGUCAGUCAAAAUAUAUAUUUACAUUUUUUCGAGUAAUACGUUCCUUUGUUACAUAACCAAGAUUCAAGCGUCUUGAUUUUGUUGCACUCAUAAUAUCUGGAGGUUGUGAUUAGAGUCAAGAUAUCAUCUUUCAGUUCUUUUUAAAACACAGAAAAGGUCUUUUCUGUGUUUUAAAAAGAACUGAAAGAUGGAAUUUGAAACUCAACACAGCAAGAACACACCAAAGAUGUUUAGAGUCAAGAUAAUCCAAGUAAAUCAAAAUGUUAUUUUAUUUUCUUGCAAAAAGUCUUAUUGUGGUUUAUUUUUGUUAGAAAUUGUGAAAGUGCUUAGGAUUUGAUUGAGAAGUAUCAAAAAUUGGUAGAAGUGAAAUAAUAUGCUUAUAUGGAGCUGUUGAUCUGUGGCCAUGUUCUCGCGUAGCCGGGUUUUUGUAAAACCGAAUAUCCUCCUUUGCCCAUUUGGGAAGAAAAAAAAGAUAUGGUCCACACCAGUUUGUUUUCAGCAAAAUAAUACAGUGUAUUGUGAUGCUCAUUACAUGCAACCUAUAUGUGGCAGCAUUUCCCCAAAUUGUUGGCGUAUCUGCAGGAAAAUGUUCCUUGGGUAUGAAAUAACUUGUUGGCAGGAAUAACCUUGUAAAAACUGGUCAGUGUAAACACACGUCACACAUAUGAAGUCGAGCAUUUUUAUGGUGGGCUGAGACGUUGCGAAACCUAAAACCCGGUUAUUUACAUUCACAAGCAAAUGCUGACAACAGAAUUCACAAAAUUCCACUUUGGUGGAAGUUUUUUUAAAUAAUUAUUUUACUUGCCAUACAUCUUCACUUAUGUGUGGAUGACAGGCCAAACCGUAGAAAAAUAUCUUUGAUUUGUGGGAUUCCUGGCUACGUGGGUACAGGGUCUUAUCUAAUCAGAUCUGUGUGUGUAUUUGUGUGUGAUCACCAGCUGGUUGUUCACUGUACUUUGCUGAUAUUAAAGCAGCAUUCUCUCUCUCAUUCAAACAGCCACUCGCCAUCUCAUUUAGGGGUGCCAGAUCUGCAGAAUGGACUUGGCACAAUAGAGGAUUGUCCUCUUCUGCACACUAAGGGACUUUUUGAUUAGCUAACUGGGAACUCAGAUUUUUUUAAAUCACAAGUUCAGGGCUAAAUAGUUUAAUUUGUCUGGACAUUUUCCUAAACGAGAAUUAAAGACGUAACAUUGCUUAUUUUAUUUUCUGCAAAGUAGCACUUCAGCCAAACUUAGUUUAAAUGAACACACUGUUUUACUUUUUUAUUCCAAGUUUGUUUCUAAAGAUUCAGAGAAAAGGUUUAACAUUCAUGUAAAAUAAAGAAGAUAACAUUCACCUGGGAUACUGGUGAAAUUCUGGUGAUACGAUACGUAUUAUGAUACAGGGGAGAGGAUACGAUUUAUUGCGAUACAUUCAGCCAGACAAUAUUAGUGAUUUUUUUUAGACUGAAUUUAGUGCAGGAAAAUUCAAUAAAUAGUCCAAACUGAUGCGUAACAUGUUUAACAUGAGUUAUCUGAACCAUAGUAGAGGGAUUUUCAUUUCAAUGGUGGAAACAAAACCCAUUGCACGCUGUUGCCAACUAGCGGUCAGCAUUUUAAUUGUACCAAAAUAAAAUACACGAAUGUGUUUGUUUUCUUUAGUACUUCGUUGUACACAGUGGGAUGAGGGUUGGUUUUGACCUUUGCCGACAUGUUUUUACGUCACUGCCGUCUUCGUCAGGGUAACUGCUGGAUGUUGGUGGCGUCACUUCCUUUUACACAAAUGUUUGCAUAUAAACUCUUCCAAAAGUUAGAUACAUGGCUUUUGAGUAUCAAUAUUACAUCUCAGGAAGAAACAUCACGAUAUAUUGCCAUAUCAAUAUUUUCUUACAUCCGUAACAUUCACCAUCUCUUGCAAAAGUAGUUAACAUCCUGUGUUUGUCAUCUGUGGAGGUUAGCUUUUCUUUUUCUUUUUUUUGUUUGCCCCAAACGUCAUUCUCGUGUUCCGUUUUUACAAGGUUUGUAUGCUCCCAGGUCCAGGUGAUCACAGCUCCUUGAUCAUUCUCUUUUACUUCUGUUAUACAAAUUAAACACAAACACUUGGAUUCUGGUUAAAUUAGAUAUUUUGUGAGAGUUAACUAACAACAGGUUGCCAAUGACACUGAAACUUUUUUAAUUUAAUGUCAUUUUUGUCACAUAUUAAGAGUAUAGUAAACAAAACAAGACUAAAGAACAAACCUCGCCACAUGUGUUGAUUUUCUUUCUCAACUCUUUUCCUGAUAUUUAAAUGUCUAUUUCCUUAAUUUUGAGCCAGCAUUUUAUGCAGAUUAGUUAUAGAGUUAUCAUAGUUAAUAUGACUGUAUUUUCUUAUACGACGUGCUGAUGGAGCUUAUUAUGAAACCUGAAAAUCUGGCUGCCAUUUUGAGUGUCAUGUUUGUGGCACUCAGCAUUUUUGGAAGCAGAAACAUUAAACUGUUUGCUCUUGAUCCACCAAGUCAAAGUGGAGGUUAUAAUUUGAAACUAGAGUAAACCAAAGUUCACUUCUUCGUCGUUUGCUCAGCCCAGGGAUCGUGGGUGAAACUGUGGGAGGACCCUCCCGUUUGUCCUCGUUCAUCUGCCGCUGACUGGCUCAGCCGCUCUGCUUUUCUUGUUUGUACUGUGCGAAGGCAAACAAGUCGGUGCACAUUUACUCACCUCACUGUUUGCUGUGCAGCCGACCUGUGGGAUAUGUGAGAACAGAGCUUGGCUGCAGACGUGCUGAACUUUAUCUGGUGAAUUAUUUGAGUGUUGUGAUCUUUCCGCGCCUGAAACAGAAGUCAGUGUCUUCAGGGAGGAUUUUAGUAUUGGUCAGUGAUCCUUGCUCAAAGUGCUGACUACUGAGUUCGGGACACUGUGAUGGAAAAUCCUGAUGAUGAGGUUGACUUGCAACAGAGCACAACAGGGGCUGAAGAAGGAAACUCUGAUGGAAAAAGCAAGAGUAAAAGCAAGAUGUCCAAAAUGAAAGGGUUAUUCAAGUUUAAAUGGAAAAAGAAGAAACCAAGUAAGACGUUUACUGAAACAUCCAUAGCCUUGGAAAGAAAAAUUUCUGUAAGAAAAUCUCGCCAAGAGCUGAUUGAUAGAGGAGUUUUAAAGGAUUUCCCAGAGUACGAGAGCAAUGACGUGAAUCGGCCCAAAGCUCCCCCAGUGAACAAUGGGCACCAUGCACCAUUAAAUGCAGAUAGAGUGCCAGAAAUGCCAGUAUUCCAAGGGGAGUGUGACCUGAAAGGGAAUUCUUUAAAGUUUUCUGGAGAUGAACGGAGAAAUAGAACACAAUCGGAUUCUUGUAGAACUAAUAGGGAACCUCUGGAUGUGGACUCUCAUGCAAGAUUCUCAAUGGAUAUAGAUCCCCGAAAUCGAAUUCCUUCGGAUUUUGAUAAGAAAAAAGCAUCUUUACAACGAGGACUUCAACUAAAUGAUAGGUAUCGCAGAGAGGAGAGAAGAGAUUCCAAAGAUGAUAAAGAGAGGAAAGACGAAAAGACAGAAAGAGACAUUCGCGAGCGAAAGGAUCGAGAAGAGAGAGAGUCUAGGAAUCUGGAUGAAAAAGAGCGGAGGGAUCGGGACGAGAGGGAGAGAAAGGUUCGAGAUGAAAGAGAACCAAGAGAUUUGAAUGAGAGAGAGAGGAGGGAUCGAGAAGAAAGGGAGAGGAGAGAACGGGAUAACAGAGAACGGAGGGAUCGAGACGAAAAAGACAGAAGGAGUGGCGAUAACAGAGAAUGGAGGGAUCGAAAUGAGAGAGAGAAAAGGGAUCGAGAUGAGAAAGAGAGGCGAGACAGGGAUGAGAAAGAGAGGCGAGACAGGGAUGAGAAAGAGAGGCGAGACAGGGAUGAGAAGGAGAGGCGGGACCGCGACGAGAAGGAGAAGCGGGACCGCGACGAGAAGGAGAAGCGGAACCGCGACGAGAAGGAGAGGCGGGACCGCGACGAGAAAGGGAGGCGGGACCGAGACGAGAAGGAGAGGCGGGACCGAGACGAGAAGGAGAGGCGGGACCGCGACGAGAAGGAGAGGCGGGACCGCGACGAGAAGGAGAGGCGGGACCGAGACGAGAAGGAGAGGCGGGACCGCGACGAGAAGGAGAGGCGGGACCGCGACGAGAAGGAGAGGCGGGACCGCGACGAGAGGGAGAGGCGGGACCGCGACGAGAGGGAGAGGCGGGACCGCGACAAGAGGGAGAAGGUCAGAAGAGAGUGGGAUGAUAAGGAUAGGAGAGAAGAUCAAGAUGUGCGAGUUGAGCUUGAAUGGAGAGAAAUUCGGGAUAACAGAAAAGACAAAGGAGAGAGAGAAGAUCGGGACAGGAAAGAAGCUUCAACAGAGAAGGACAUUAGGGCUAACAGAAAUGAAAAAGAGCCAAAAGAUCAACUUGAAAGGAGAGAGAAACCGAUGCCUCAGCAGCUUCAGGAAGACUCACGGAUUGUGGCCAAUCCAGAGACAGACAAAAACAAGAGAGUUCGCCUGGACAGGGAGGUAGACCCAAGGAAUUCACUGCCAAGAUACAGCUUACAUGUGGAGGUAAAAGAACGUCAAGAGUCUGCUGGUGUCCGUCACUCCCUUGAUCCCCGUUUGAUGCAAGACUCUCAACAGGACCCUCCCCUACCCAAACAUGCUUUGCUUCCCCCUAAAUUCUCUGCUGGUCUUCCCAUUGAGUUUCCUACAAGUCCAACCCCCACUGCCUCAUCAUCCUCCACCUCCUCCUCUUCUUCCUCCGACUCUGUUUCGUCCUCUGCUGAAACAGCUGUUGCCAGGCCACCAAGGACAAUUUCCCUAAUGGUGGACACUCUGCCUCGAACCCCGCUUGCUGCUGCUACACCUGCUGAGCCUGACACACCACCCCCCAUUCCUCCCCAUGCCAAGCAACCUCCUCUCCCUCCACCUAAACCUACCAACCGCAACAGCAACCCUGUACCAUUGGCUUCCUCCCUGAACAGGGGCUCUCAUGUCAGGCAGCCUUGUUAUUGGACCAGCUGGCAACAGCAGAGCGAGCUCGCUCUCCACCUUUCUCUGCCCGUUUACCUGUGCCACAGGGCUCGCCAGACCUGUACAGAGCAUUUACCACCAGUCAGCAGUGUGAUUGUUGUCCCUGCACCCACCAAGCGCUCUCCUCCCACCCCGCCCAAAAGGAUGACUCCUGUCACCAAGCGCCAGUCCUCUGAUCUUACUCCUCCUAGUCAGGCCCCUGAGUCUUCCACCGUUGGCCCUCCGUGUGCCGCAGUGCUGCCCCCUGCUGUCCUCAAAUCAGAAAAUGGCGAGGAAAAGAAAAAUCCAGCAGCUCCCCAGAUGUCGGUCGAGCCUGCGCUCUCGCCACCCUCCCACAUACCUCCGUCUCCUCCUGGGGUCAAGUCGCUUGAGCCCAGCAGUGCCCCCUCCACUGGUCCUGUGCCCACUGUGAAAUUCGAUACACCAACCGCCGAGCCCCCCAACCAGCUUUCGGUCGUCCCUCUUCACAUUCGCAUCCAGAGAGCCCUGACGAGCUCUGGGCCAGCUCAGCCUAACCCAGGAAGUGCCCAGAGGGCCCACUCACUGCUGUUUGAGUCUCCUCCGGAUGUGAUCACAGAAGCAGGGGGGAACGUGCGUUACUCUCUCCCCGUCACCAUCGAACCCAUCAGGCUGCCAGAGGACGACGACUUUGACAUGGAGGAGGAGCUGCGGAAGCUUCAGCCUCCUCGAGCCCCUCGGCAGCUGGAACUGGAGCCCCGAAGCAGGAGGGCUCUGAUAGGAGACCCCAGAGUGACGGUCAUCCCAGAGAGAGCGGACCAAGAGGAGAGCGAGGAGCGCGAAGAAGAGUCCGACUCUGAUGGGCCCAUUCUGUACAGAGAAGAUGAUGCAGACGACGAUGAGGAAGUCCCUAUUGGUGGACUGGCGAGUCGCGUGAAGAGGAAGGACACACUGGCUCUGAAGCUGGAGAAAAAAGAGAAGCAGGAGCGAGCCGAGAUGGAAGCUCAGGGGAACGAUGAUGGGAUGAGUUGGAACAGCAGGGAGCAGUGGCUGGCAGUGAGGAAUAAGAUUGGCACUACGCUGGGCAGGCGGCUGAGCCAGAGGCCGACCGUAGAAGAGCUGGAGCAAAGAAACAUCCUUCAAGCCAAGAAUGAAGCAGAUCGACGGCUGGAGAGAUCCGAGAUCAAACGCAGGCUCACCAGAAAACUGUCUCAGAGACCUACGGUGACCGAGCUGCGAGACAGGAAGAUCCUGCGUUUCCACGAGUACGUUGAGUGCACCCACGCCGAGGACUACGACCGGCGAGCAGAUAAGCCGUGGACCAAACUCACUCCUGCGGACAAGGCCGCCAUCCGUAAGGAGCUGAAUGAAUUCAAGAAUUCAGAGAUGGAGGUUCAUGAAGAGAGCAAGAUGUAUACUCGAUUCCACCGGCCCUAGCUGCCUGUGCAGAUGAGUGAAGCACGUAUUCUGUGGGGGAUACAGCAGCUGUGGUUCCUUUCUCCACCCUGCAGCGAACCGGCUUCAGCUGAAGACAGAACGGAUCUGUGGAGCCGAGGCAGGAGGGAGUAGCACAAGGUCCAGCACAGCCGAGCUCUGGAAAGUUCAGCUGUGGAACGGACAGGAGUUCAUGUUUAGGCUUCCUGGUGCCAUUGGUGAAGGGGAGAGCCCCUCGCUCCCUCCUCCAGCCACCACGUCCUUCACCCUUCCAUUCGUCUGCUGGUGUUUCUGACCCUUUACUCGUGGUCCUCUCAGCACGGACACAACGUGAACACGUGUGUCUCUCUCUCGUCUCACGCCUGAUUUCAGACUAAAUAUGAAAAACUGUCAGAGCUCCGCUUGAAUCAGCAGCUCCACUCGUUCGUUUUACUGUAUUUGGCUGAUAAAUCUUAUUCUCACACAAAUCUCUAGAUCAGGUUUUAAAAAGGCACCUUAUGUUCAUUAUUUGGGUGUAUAGACACAUAAAGACUCAUUCUAUAGAGUUGAAUAAUUAAAAGCAGGAGAAUGUAUAUAUUUUUAUUUUCCUGUCAAAUGUUUUAUGGUACUUAAUAUAUGUGAGGCUGUAGCUGGAGGCAGUUGUGAACAAAAAUGUAGAUUUGAUUGAAUUUUUUCUUGUAAACUACUGACUUAUAAAUGCUGACAUUUUUUAACUAAAGUAUUUCUCAAAUGUUGUUUCUCAAUAUUCGUGGUACAGAUUUGUUUUUGAUACAGAGACAUUUAAAUCUGUUUUUGCAAAUAUUGUGAAUAACUCUGAAAUCCACUUAGAAAUAAAACACGUGAUUUGUAUUUUUCAAAUCAA